UUCUCCACCCCUCUGCCAGCCUACCUCAUCCGCUGAAGUAUUUUUUUUUUACUUUCAUAUAAACCUUUUUUAAGUUUUUCUUUGCGGAUUACACACUCCAGUGUCCCAUGAGGAUCUCCUGUAGUUUCCUAUUCAGGUUGCAGCGCGGAUAUCUUGUUAAAAUCGGGCCAAACUCUCCUUCUGUCUAAAACCAGAAGUGCCAAACCGCAGGAGUCGACUUGCGCUCUUUUCCCCAUCGUUGCUUGGGUUGUGCGUGUGGAGCUCUCUGUAGGCCUCGUUGGAUUUGUUUUUAUUUUUUCAGCUUGAAACCAUGUAUCCUGCAGUGAGAAAGCUGUUUUUCUCGGACUGUCGGUGCGCAGGAGAUCCAUCAAAGAACUACGAGGAGCUGUUUGCAAAGCUGGACACCAACAAGGAUGGGAAAGUGGAUGUUAGUGAGCUCAGGGCAGGAAUGGCUGCAAUGGGCAUCCAGACUGGGAAGAGAGCUGCUCAGAAAAUAAUUUCUUCUGGUGACAAAGACAAAGAUGAUGGACUAGACUUCAGCGAGUUCACCAAGUACCUGAAGGAGCACGAGAAGAAGCUGCGUCUGACUUUCAAGAGCUUGGACAAGAACAACGAUGGUAAAAUCGACUACAUGGAGAUAAAGCAGUCUCUUGCUGAUCUGGGUAUGGACAUCAGCAAAGAGGAUGCAAAGAAGAUCCUUGAGAGUAUUGAUGUUGACGGCACCAUGUCUGUGGACUGGAACGAAUGGAGGGAGCACUUCCUGUUUAACCCGGCAACCAGCCUGCAGGAGAUCAUUCGCUACUGGAAGCACAGCACGGUGCUGGAUAUUGGCGAUAGCCUUACCAUCCCAGAUGAGUUCACAGAGGAGGAGAAGACAACAGGGAUGUGGUGGAAGCAGCUGAUGGCCGGCGCCAUGGCCGGAGCUGUGUCCCGUACAGGAACUGCCCCGCUCGACAGAAUGAAGGUCUUCAUGCAGGUUCACGCUUCUAAGAGCAACAAAAUCAGCCUGGUGGGGGGUUUUAAGCAGAUGUUAAAAGAAGGAGGGGUGACGUCUCUGUGGAGAGGAAAUGGCAUUAACGUCCUAAAGAUUGCCCCGGAGACGGCCAUUAAGUUCAUGGCGUAUGAACGGUAUAAGAAGCUGUUGGCCAGUGAACCGGGAAAGAUUCAGACCCAUGAGAGAUUCAUGGCGGGAUCGCUGGCUGGAGCCACAGCACAAACUGCCAUCUACCCCAUGGAGGUGAUGAAAACUCGGCUGACACUGAGGAAAACGGGACAAUACUCAGGGAUGUUCGACUGUGCCAAGAAAAUUCUGAAAAAGGAGGGUGUUAAGGCAUUUUACAAGGGCUACGUUCCCAAUAUUAUUGGCAUUAUCCCCUACGCUGGAAUAGAUCUGGCAGUGUACGAGAGCUUAAAGAACAUCUGGUUAUCUAAGUAUGCCAAGGACACAGCAAACCCGGGGGUUCUGGUGCUGCUGGGCUGCGGUACCAUCUCCAGCACCUGUGGUCAGCUGGCCAGCUACCCCCUGGCGCUGAUCCGCACUCGCAUGCAGGCACAAGCGUCUCUUGAGGGCUCUGAGCAGCUGCCGAUGGGCCGCAUGGUGAAGAAGAUCCUGGAGAAGGAAGGCUUCUUUGGACUUUACCGUGGAAUCCUCCCCAAUUUCAUGAAGGUGAUCCCAGCUGUCAGCAUCAGCUACGUGGUGUAUGAGAACAUGCGCUCUGGCCUGGGUCUCCAAAAGUAAGCUGCAGAAUCCUCUAUCUGCAGCAGUUCCAUUAUUUUUUAAAUUGAAACACCCUUUCCUCUCUAUCUUUUUUUGUUUUGUUUUUUUGUACCUCGAGGCCACUAUGAGCUGGAUGUAUGCAGAUGAAACUACUGUUAGAGGCUUUAAAGUGACAGCAGGACUUUGCUAGCCACUUUGAAAUCCUGCAGGAUUACUAAGAGUUUCCAAUAGCACAGUGUUUACAAUCUACCUACAGCUUUUCGUGCUGACACACCUGGUUAUAUGGCUUUAAAUCACUCAGACAACUGUUGAUUUGAAUGGAAAGCCCACUGUUUUCCCUUCAACCCUUGGCAUGUAACAGACCUGCAUUAAUAGUUUCCUUACGUUUAAUCAAAUAGCACUUUUAUGGACCAGUUUCAACCCUUAUCAGAAGUCCGAGCCAUCGCCUGCUGU